GCGCGGCGGCUCGGCCCGUGACGUCGCCAGCGCGCGACCAUGGCUGCCCUGCGCGCCUGCCGGCUCCUGCCGCCGCCGCUGCUGCUGCUGCUGCUGCUGCCCGGGCGCUGCCGGGCCGGGGGCUGCCGGGGCCUGGGCCCGCGGCCAGGUGAGGGUCGGGACUCCGAGGCCUGUGUCCUCACUCUGCAGCUGGAGCAUUCGUUUGAGCCGGACGACAGCAUCCACUUCCGGAAGCGGGGGACCCUGCUCUGGAGCCCGGCGCCCGAGCCCAGCCUCUCGCUGAGCCAGAAGCAGCUGUGCGAGGAGGAGCGCGCCAAGCUCAGGGAUGUGGCGGCGCUGAAUGGGCUGUACCGGGUGCGAAUCCCACGCCGGCCCCUCGGGGCCGUGGAGGAAGCUGGAGUGGAAUAUGUCACCUCCUUCGUCCGAGCGUGCUCACUGGUGGACUCCCACCUGUCGGACCGGCUGACGGUGCACACGGACGGGGCAGGGAACGUGAUCGGCGUCUCCAUCGUCACCGUGCCGGGGUCCUGCCACGGUGCCGAGGUGGAAGAUGUCGAUCUGGAGGCCUUCAACACCACGGUGCUGCUGCAGCAGCCGGUCCCGGCAGCCGUCCCUGAAACUGCAGCGUUCAUCGAGCGCCUGGAGCUGGAGCAGGCGCAAAGAGCCAAGAACCCGCAGGAGCAGAAAUCCUUCUUCGCUAAAUACUGGCAUUUAAUUCUGGGUGGGGCCAUGCUCCUCCUGGCCACCGGCUCGGUGAAAGUCCCGCGGGAGCCCGGAAGCCAGCCCUGAGCAGCCAAUGGAUGUACAUAAUUCCCGUGGUGCUGUUCCUCAUGAUGUCUGGAGCGCCCGACGCCGGGGGCCAGGGUGGAGGCAACGGGGGUGGAGCCGGUGGCGGGGGCAGGUGAUGAUCGCCCUUAUGCUGCGGGGGCAUGGGGGGGCCCCCUGGGAGCUGCCUGAACCCCCAAAAGGCAGGGGAGGGGCUGAGCCAGUCGUGCCCUCGGCUCUGGGUGUAGGUGUGGGGCUGGGACCCCAUGGCGGUAAAUAAAGGCUGUC